AUGGAUCCCGAGGCCUUCUUGGACCUGGCCAACCAGGUCAUUAAACUAAAAAUGUACCCAUAUUUCGACAUAGCACAUUCUUUAUUAUGCGCUCUUGCAGUCAGAGAGGAUUUAGGAUCUGGUGCACAGGCGUUUUCCCGCAAACAUCCCCUGUCAUGCUGGCUGUCCACAAUGCUGGUCAUCUUCGCGGGCGGCAUGGUGGUCAACGGCCUGCUCGGGGAACCGAUGCUAGCCCCACUUAAGAACACACCGCAGCUUAUUAUUGGAACUGUUACAUGGUACCUCGUUUUCUACACACCAUUCGAUGUGGGAUAUAAAGUGGCAAAGUUCCUACCAGUGAAGGUAGUUGCUUCAGCCAUGAAAGAGAUUUACCGCGCCAAGAAAGUCUAUGAUGGAGUCAGCCACGCCGCGAAACUGUACCCUAACGCCUACGUCAUAAUGAUCAUUGUUGGUACCCUAAAGGGCAACGGAGCAGGUUUCACCAAGUUGGUGGAGCGACUGAUCCGCGGUGCCUGGACACCCACUGCCAUGGAGACCAUGCAACCUAGCUUCUACACGAAGGCCUCUCUGGUUGCGUCCAUUAUUUUCGUGCUAGACAAGAAGACUGACCUCAUUUCUGCCCCGCACGCUCUCGUGUACUUCGGCAUCGUGAUAUUCUUCGUAUACUUUAAGCUGUCCUCAAUUCUCUUGGGCAUCCACGAUCCCUUCGUGCCCUUUGAGAACUUGUUCUGCGCGCUGUUCCUCGGAGGCAUCUGGGACUCACUGGCCAAGCUGCUGGGCAAGGGACAGCCCAAGGAGGAAACCAAAGACGCUAAGAAAACUAAUUAG